AUGCGGCGCGACGCCUUCCGUGAACGCCUGUUCUUCUUGCUGGUGCUGGCUGGUGCAUUGCUUCUUCUGUCAGGACUCAUGCUACGCCAAGAAAGCGCUGCGCUAUCCACGCGCACGUUUCGCGACGGCUUCAUCGUGGCCAAGGACGUCAUGCGGCGGCGUACCGAGAUCGUCGUCACCAGCAACGCAAGCAGCGGGAGCGCAACGAAGCUGCCGCCUACUGAGGACUUAAUCGAUGAUGAUACGGUGGAUAUACGGACAAUGACUGUCAAGACGGAGGAUGGCGACGAGAUUACCAUUAAACGGCCUGCCACGUCUAAGGGCAACAAAGUCACGACUAUCUUUCGCGACGAGAAGGGAAAGCUCACAAUCGAGGAUACUCCUGCCGAGGAAAUACAGAGGGAGGAAACAUAUAUUGAAGCUGAAAAACGAGAGGAACAUAACACACUCGACAAUAUUAACCAUCUCCACCCCGAGCGCCAGUCGCCAGGGGUUGAGACACAAUUAUAA